AUGGCAUCGCCCCAACAUCAACAGCUGCUGCCUCAAAACACCGAAGUGAGCUGCGACUCCAGUGGCGAUGGCGGCGUCUCGGUGAGGAUUGGCAGCACCGUCCGACACAAGCACGCAGGCGGGCCGCUCGGUGCCAUCGGGGGAGGCUUCAUCGGGGGAUCCAAGCACUGCAAGUACAGCAUCUCCUCCAGCUGCGGCUCCGGGGAAUCCGGAGUCAGGAAACCGACGGUUAGGAGCUUUCGCACGCACCAGAAGAUGCCUCAGCUCUUCGAGAGAUCUGCAGGCCACUUCUGGGACCCGAAGUUCGACUCCUCGAUCCUGGAGGAGGCGUGCAGAGAACGCUGCUUCCCUCAGACCCGGCGGCGCUUCCGCUACGUGAUCCUGUACCUGAUGGCUGUCGGCUGCCUCUGGGGAUUGUACUUUGCCGCCAACCCUUCCCGCUGUGACAGGGCUGUCUUUCUCCUUCCCACUGCUUCCUUCCUCAUUUUCUGCAUCCUCCUCUUCCUCUUGACUUUCACCAAGCUCUACGCGCGCUUCUACAAUCAAGCAUCCCUGCUGCUCAUCGUUGUCACCUUCAUCCUCACCCUGGCCCCCCAGAUCCAGACUUCAGGCUUCAGGGACCCAGAGACUCCCACACCUACACCUGAUUUGGAAGAGUUCAGUGGCAUGGGGCCCUCCUACAACCUGUCCCAGGACCAGCUUGUAGGAGGCGGCACCUGGUCCCCCUGUAUAUCUCCUGUAGGCACCUUCUCCCUCUGUAUCGAAGUUCUUCUGUUGCUCUACAGUGUUCUCCACGUGCGCCUCUAUGCCUCCGUCCUGCUCGGCUUAUUCUACUCAGUGUUUUUUGAGACUUUGGGCUGGCUGCACCUGACUCAGGCCGGGGCCAACUGGAGUAUUGCCUCCCAAUCCGACUGGGAUACGCUGUGUUGGCUAGGCCCAGCCAAAGCCCUGCUCCACCUCUGCGCCCACGUCAUCGGCAUCCACCUGUUCAUCAUGUCUGAGGUGCGGUCGCGCAGCACCUUCCUUAAGGUGGGACAAGCUAUUAUGCAUGGUAAAGAUCUGGAGGUGGAGAAAGCCCUGAAGGAGCGAAUGAUCCACUCUGUCAUGCCCAGGAUUGUGGCCGACGAGCUGAUGAAGCAGGGUGAUGAAGAGAUGGGGGAUCAUUCGGUCAAAAGAUACUCCACCAGCGGUGCAGCAGCUGCCAUCUCCAGUCCCAAAAACAACAAACGCAAGAAAACCUCCAUCCCUCGAGGCCAGAUCAUCUUCCGACCCUUCAACAUGAAGCGGAUGGAGCCGGUCAGCAUCCUGUUUGCAGACAUUGUGGGCUUCACGAAAAUGUCUGCCAACAAAUCUGCUCACGCCCUGGUGGGGCUUCUGAAUGACUUGUUUGGACGUUUCGAUAGACUGUGUGAGCUCACCGGCUGUGAGAAGAUAAGUACACUAGGAGACUGUUACUACUGUGUGGCCGGUUGUCCUGAGCCCAGACCGGACCACGCCUACUGCUGUGUGGAGAUGGGCCUGGGCAUGAUCCAAGCUAUCGAGCAGUUUUGCCAGGAGAAGAGGGAGAUGGUGAACAUGAGGGUGGGGGUCCACACCGGCACGGUGCUGUGUGGCAUCCUGGGCAUGAAGCGCUUCAAGUUUGACGUUUGGUCGAAUGACGUCAACCUGGCCAACCUGAUGGAGCAGCUGGGAGUGGCUGGGAAGGUCCACCUAUCACAGGCCACUGCCAACUUCCUGGAUGACCGCUUCCAGCAUGAAGACGCACGGGUCACUGAGAGGAUAGGACAGAGUGUGGUGGCUGACCAGCUCAAAGGCCUGAAGACCUAUCUGGUCUCUGCCAGGAAGAUUGAGGCGAACUCUCACUGUAACUGCUCCCAGUUGGGGUUGGCUGGACCAGAGAUUGCAGAUCCAUGGUGUCCCAUGCCCAGAGUGCACACUCCUGAUGGAGUCCCUUCGCCCUGCACCGUGGACCCUGACAGAGCCAAGUCUCCCUGUCUGUCCUGCAGUGUGGUCCCGAUACCAGGGGAGGAGCAGGAUUUGGAGGAAGGGCCGGUGAUCAAUGGCGGCCACGACGACAACAAGACCAACAGCAAGGAAGCUCCACAGCUGAAGUGUUCCCCGGUGGUCUCUGCAGGACGCAACCCCAAGGCUCUGAACGGCCUCCUCAGCCCGCGCCUGGAGGCCCUGAACAACAGCCAAACAUCGCUGUGUGAGAUGCUGCAGGAGAAGGAGAAGAAGACGUGGAGUGGGGGGGCCUUGGGCAUGGACCACUCGGCACUCAUCCCUCUGCGAUCCAAGAACUUCAGGGAGAGGAGCGACGCCCACUUUGUGGACGUCAUCAAAGAGGACAGCCUCAUGAAGGACUAUUUCUACAGACCGCCGAUAAACAAGCUGAGCCUCACCUUCCUGGAGAGCAGCCUGGAGUCUGCUUACCGGAUCAGCUACCAGGAGGAGGUCGAGACUCAAGCAGCCGUGCAGACUUUUGCCAGCCCGACCUUCAGCUCUUUCCUGGACAUGCUGCUGUGCUGCUCGGUGUUUCUGGCUCUCUCGCUGGCUUGUUUCCUCCGGACGCUUGUCACCCAGCAGAAGCUGUCCACGCCAGCAGUCUCUCUGACUGCUGCUGCCACCCUGCUGGAGACUCUGGCUCUGCUGUUUUCUAUACGUAUGGCUUUCUACCUGGACAGUACGCUGCACUGCACUCAGGUGCUGAUGAGUGCGAUCUCAGGCUGGAUAGCUCGUCACUUUAUAGGAGCUGUCCUGGUGUCGGCGCCGGCUGUGGCCGUCUUCUCCCACAUCACCUGCGACAUGCAUCACUCCAUCCAGUUCACCAUGUUCGUCUGCUGUUCUGUCAUCAUAGCCAUCAUUCAGUACUGUAACUUCUGCCAGCUCAGCUACUGGAUGCGAUCAACUCUAGCAACACUGGUGGGACUGGGUCUGCUUGUGUUGCUCUUCAGCUCUCCCUGCAGUGUUGCCAAGAGUCUGUUUCACUGGUCUGAUAGACAGAACAACACCAGUAACAGCUCAACUGUCAUGUCUGACAGCCCAGUCGGCCCUGACCCACAGCUCAGACCACAGGACCUGCUGGGCCCGGAGGCCUGCGUGGCCUUUUUUCUUCUUCUUCUCCUGGUCUGGUUCCUCAACCGUGAAUUUGAGGUCAGUCACAGGCUGCAUUACCAUGGCAACGUGGAAGCUGAUCAGCACCGCAUCAAGAUCCAGAACAUGAGGGACCAGGCCGACUGGCUGCUUCGCAACAUCAUCCCCAUCCAUGUGGCCGAGCAGCUAAAGGUCACCCAGAGCUACUCCAAGAACCACGACAAUGUGGGCGUUAUAUUUGCCAGCAUUGUUAACUUCAGUGAGUUUUAUGAGGAGAGCUACGAGGGAGGCAAGGAGUGCUACCGUGUCCUCAACGAACUUAUUGGUGACUUUGACGAGCUGUUACGGAAGCCUGCCUUCAGUAACAUCGAGAAGAUCAAGACCAUCGGGGCCACGUACAUGGCGGCGGCCGGUCUCAAUGCGCAGCAGUGUGCGGAUGCGCCGCAUCCUCACGCCCACCUCCGUGCUCUUUUUGAAUUUGCCCUGGAGAUGAUGCACGUAGUGGACGACUUCAACAAGAACAUGCUGGGAUUUGGCUUCAAGCUCCGCAUUGGAUUCAACCAUGGCCCUCUUACAGCGGGGGUGAUUGGCACCACUAAGCUUCUCUACGACAUCUGGGGCGACACGGUCAACAUCGCCAGUCGCAUGGAUACAACAGGUGUGGAGUGCCGCGUCCAGGUCAGCGAGGAGAGCUACUGUGUGCUCAGUGCCAUGGAUUAUGAGUUUGAUUAUCGAGGCACAGUAAAUGUCAAAGGCAAAGGUCAGAUGAAGACCUUCCUUUACCCGAAGAGCAGUGACAGUGGCCCUGUGCCCCAGUACCAACUCUCAGUUUCACCAGAGAUCCGGGUACAAGUAGACGGUAGCAUCGGGCGCUCGCCCACCGAUGAAAUUGCCAGCAUGGUCCCCACAACCGCAUGCAGUACCAACACUAUUGUACCCAGUGGCAGCAGCGGGUCCUCUACUACCACAGGGCUUAUUCAUGAGAAAGAGGCGGGCAGCCGCGAGCGACGCCCCUCUGCUGAGAUCUCUCACGCCAGAAGAUCUCCGUCUCACAGUGGCCUGACCGUUACAAAUCUAGACGGACCUCCUUCUCCAUCUGCAAACAACGCACAGCUCAACGUCUCAUCCUCUGUCCAGCAGAAUAAACCACAAACUUCGACCAAGUCUCCGAAAGCCGUCAAGCAGCACCAAUACGAGGACGAGUGUAAGGCCGGAGAGUUGACCAGACUUUAAGAACAUGCUGCAGUAAA